AUGCAAAAAAGAAUCUUAAACCAUCUCCUACAAGAUAAUAGAUAAAUGAAAAAAUUACAUACUUAUCGAUAAUCUUAGUAAACUGAUACUUUUCCAAUUUUAAUAAGAAAUAAAAGUUGUGAAUGUUUAGAGUGUGGAGGAGGAAUCAUUAAAUAAUUGGAGGAGUAUCAAUAAGGCUAAGUAAUUGAGUCAAAGCUUGUACCUAAGUUAAUCGCUCAACACGAAAAAAUUAAGUAGAGCUAUAUUUCAUAAUCACAUGAAUUAAAAAUAACAAAAAAUUUACUAUAUUUAAUUACACCAAAGAAAACAGUGCAAAAUAUUAGCAUAACAGAAUAGCCAUUAAUUAGUCCUACAUUAGAAUAACCUAAAAGGGACAUUCAGAAGCUGCAUAGACUUAUUGAAAAAUAUGACGGCAAGGUUGAAUCAAAUGUGUAAUAAAUUUGUAAAACCAUGCCAGAUGCUGUGCCCAUUCCAAAACAAAGAGUUUAAAUUUAAAGAUAGAAAACUAAACAAUACUCUUUCAUAAGGCUCUUACCUUUAGAGGAUGAUGCGGAAUACUAAAAUAUUAAUUACGCAAAUUCUUCAAAUUCUUAAUAAAGAACUCCACUUAGGGCUCAGGUUUAUAAAGAAUUAAAAGGGAGCACUCUUUUAUAAUAGUUGUAAACUCCUAUGUUUCAAAAGUCCAAGUUUAACAAAAAUCAAAUUAUAGAUUUUGAAGAUGGCAUGAGAAAAGCGAUGGAGAAAAUCAAAGAAAUGGAUGAAGUAUCAAAUGCUAGCAAAAUGAUAAGCACAUAAAUAAAUGAUGAAAAUAAGACUAAAAGCAGAGGAUCAUUAUUGUUAAAGUCCUUUUUAGAUUGUACAAGGUAAAUAGAUAGGGACCCAAAGAUCAUUCGAUAGUUAGAUGUAUUUCUAAGGCCUGUAUCAAGACAAUAGAGGCAAAAUCAAUAAUCGAGAACAUUUUCAUAUCAAAAUGUGUAUUUACCAAAAGUAAAUAAAAAAUGA